AUGGAGGAGCUCUCCUUCGAGGACUUUCCUGGCACGACACUCAGGGUUUGGCUGUUCACCAAUGUCACAAACAGCAAGGACGUCCAGGCGGCCAUGGUGGAAGGCACACUCGAGUACGAAGCCGCCAUCAUGAAUGCAGCCGUCGUGCCUUCCCUGUUUGCGGUGCACCUCGCCGCGCAUCACGCCUUGCUUUCUAAGCAGCGGGGGAGUCUUCGGACCAGGUCCUUGCACUCUGAGCUGGUGUGCAACCUGUCAGGCUCCAAGCACUAUUUCAAGUGUUCAGAUACCGAGUUGGCAAUGAGUAGCCUGGAAGACAUCAUCACCUGCCAGAUGGCUGCCAGGGAUCUCUGA